GCAGCAGCAUCUGCGCGCCCGACGGCUCUCUGCCAGCUCCGAAGCUGCCAUGUCCGGGGAAGAGGCGGCCGGGGGCGACGCGGGCGCCCCGCAAAGCGCCACCGCGGCGCCACCCGAGCAGCAACAAGAAGCCACUCCGGCCGCGCAGCCCGCCGAGGAGGGCAAGGCUGCGGGGGCCCCGUCGGAGGCGGCGGCGGCUGCCGCUGCUCCCGGGCGCCAGUACCGGGCGCUGGUGCUGAGCGGCUUCGGCGGCUACGAGAAAGUGAAGGUGCAGACGCGGCAGCUGCCGGCCGCCGAGCCCAGCCCGGCCGCGGGCCAAGUCAGCGUGGAGGUGCGGGCCUGCGGGCUCAACUUCGCGGAUCUGCUGGCCCGACAGGGGCUGUACGACAGGAUGCCGCCGCUGCCCUUCAGCCCGGGCAUGGAGGCGGCCGGCACCGUCUUGGCCGUGGGCGAGGGCGUCUCCAGUCCCAAGGUAGGUGAGAAGGUGAUGGUGAUGGCCAGGUCGGGACUCUGGCAGGAAAUUGUGACCGUCCAAGCCAACCAGACAUUCCCCAUGCCGGAAGGGAUGAGUUUCGAGGAAGCAGCUGCCUUUUUGGUCAACUACAUCACCGCCUAUAUGGUCCUCUUUGACUUCGGCAACCUGCGACCCAACCAGAGUGUCCUGGUCCACAUGGCAGCAGGUGGCGUGGGGACUGCAGCCGUCCAGCUCUGCAAAACUGUGGAGAACGUCACCGUUUUUGGUACAGCUUCUGCCUCCAAACAUGAAAUGCUCAAGGAGAAUGGGGUCACCCACCCGAUUGACUACCGGACAGCUGAUUAUGUGGCAGAAGUCCGGAAAAUCUCCCCCAAAGGUGUAGAUAUUGUCUUAGACCCUCUGGGGGGUUCAGAUACCACAAAAGGCUUUAAUCUCCUGAAGCCAAUGGGAAAACUAGUCACCUAUGGUGUAGCCAACUUGGUAACAGGGCAGAGGAAGAACCUGAUGGCCAUGGCUAAGACCUGGUGGAACCAGUUCAGCAUCAAUGCCUUGCAGCUCCUGCAUCUCAACAAAGCCGUCUGCGGCUACCACCUGGGCUACCUAGAUGAGGAGGUGGAGCUAUUGACCAGUGUGGUGAACAAGCUGGUUGCCCUCUACAACCAAGGCAAAAUCAAGCCCAAGGUGGACUCCGUUUGGCCCUUUGAUCAGGUGGUAGAUGCCAUGAAGCAGAUGCAAGAGAAGAAGAACGUUGGGAAAGUUGUGCUGAUUCCCGAAGCACCACCGAAGGACGAAAGCAAAGCAGCAGAGAACUAAAGUGAAAGGCGUGGGUGGAUUGUCUGACCUCAGGUCCUCAUCUUGUUGUAUUUUGGGUUGUGUUAUUUUUUUUUUAUUUUUUAUUUUUAAACCUGUCCCCCUCCCCAUGUCUGACCCUUUGAUGGAAGUAGGAAUGGACAUAUAGAUCUCUCACUGCUGUUCAUGGAAUAAGUGGUGCAAGGACCGAAAAGACACAUGUAUUGUCGUCGGUUGGUGGCCUCUGGAGGCGAUGCAAGCUUCUGGGUUUCACAGAACGCUUUGCACCAUCUCUAAAGCAUUGGCCGGCCUCCUUUCAAAAGUAAAUAAAUAGAAAGAAAUCACAGAGA